GUCUUGCAGGAAACUUCCGGCGUAUAAACGAAGUUGCCUUUGAAAAUCUGAAGGUUUUUUGUGUACAUCUGCUGAACACAUCCCUGUUUCAAAGAAGGCUGGUCUCAGUUGGUAAGUAAGCUGUUUUUUUUAACUGUUUGUUUAAAGCGGUUCAAGCUAACGUUAAGUGUUGUACAACUAAAGCUAGAAGACAAACAAAUGGGAUAACAAGUAACAAGCUUAAGACUGCUAUCGUUACGUUAUAAUUUAUUAUUGCGUUAUUGUGUAUAUUGUACCAGAACUGGGACACUACAUGACUGGUUUCAAAAACUAGAGAAUAAAUAGUUAGGUUAAGACUCCAGGGCUGACUGUGAUAGGCCGGGACACCUGUCAGUCAACCAAGCCAUCCCCAGUGUAAAAACAACUUUAAACUUAAAAAAUGUCCUCAAUGGAAAAUUGAUUCUCAACAUUGGCACACAAUUAAAGUUGCAUUUUGUGUACCAUACCUGCCCAGCAGCAGAUGACAGACAGAGGUUAGCUGGUGAAGACCAAACCAGAGAAAAAGACAGCUGGGUAAUGUAUUUGGAUUCAUCAGGUCGACAGAAACACAACUCCAUAUGGGAUAAUAAUCCAUGACUGCCGAGUGUGUAAAUUGAUAAUUGUUUAGCUGAGUUAACUCAAAUGUUUUUUGUAUAAAUGCUUGGAUUUUUUAAAGCUGCAGUUGUUCAUGUCUGGCCACUAGGGGGCGGAAUAACUCCAAAAUAAGCUGAGUGCGGUGAUGACAGACAGUGCACACUGGAAAUGAAGCUACUCACAGCUGGAGAGAAGAUGGACUGUGACAGCUCAUGUGAGCAGGUGAGGAGGUGGUGAGUGCAACAGACUUACACAGCUGUGUAUAAAUAGCUGGUCUCACUUAAUUCUGUCUUGGUGGCAAUUUGAAAAGAUAGUGUUCUUCAAGCUUAUUUUAUUUUUGAUAACAUAUAGCCGCUUACAUUUUAGUUGCACAUACAUUCUUUAGCCUGUGUGAUCCCAGGGAGAAGUGUGGAAAGCAGCCCCACCAGGUGGCGCUAAAGCACUGACGUCAUUCUGUCUGUUUCAACAUAACAUGCCAUCUGAUGAAAGCUGCUGUGGUUCAGAUAGUUGGGUCUUUGCACGAAUCUCGGAUUCACCUUUUUGUUUCAACACAAAAAGUAACAUUUGCUUUGGAUUCUGCAAACAGACCUGAAGUCUUUUGUGUUUUUGGGGCUUUUUUUUUUUUUUUUUGCUUACAUCUGGCAGCCCCGCUCCAAACUUUCACUUUAAGAAGGCGCGUCUACGCUGCAGCGUAUAUUACAAUCCUUAAAGCGGCACAUGGAAACCAUAGCUGCAUUUCUGCAUGACACACAUCUAGACCUGCAGGCUGUCCGGUGCGAGUAAAUGCUCUGGAGAAAAACUGAUCCACGGUGUGUAUUCCUGUGGCUUUGACUGAGUGUGUUUUUUAUAUCAGUGGCGCGGCACAGCACCUUCAGUGAAUGCGGCAGCGGGAGCUCCUCGCCGAGGCUCGCAGCGAGCCGAGAGAGGAAGGAUCGGCGGAUUCAAGACGAGACGGGGUGGUGGGCUCUGGUCGAGACGAGACAUGAAAUAGUCACCGGGAGAGAGCCGUCAAAGGUGAAGCACGUUGGGGCGUGAGUGAAAUGGAGGCACCGCCGGGGACGAGCUGCUGUGAGCGCACCGUGGCCAACCGGGAGUAACCGAGCCGAGAAACGGGGCUGUGGGAUGGCAGCAUCCAGCAACUCAAGCCUCUCAGGUUCAUCUCUGUCCUCCGACCCUGAGGAUUACCAACCGCCCAUAUGGAAGUCCUACUUGUACCAACUACAGCAGGAAGCCCCGAGGCCAAAGAGGCUCACGUGUCCUCAGGAGAUGGAAAACAGACCCAAAUACUACGGCAGAGAAUUUCAUGGCAUGAUCUCUCGGGAAUAUGCAGAUGAGCUUCUGGCGGGAGCAGAGGGUGCUUACCUCAUCAGGGAAAGCCAAAGACAGCCAGGAACUCACACCUUGGCCUUAAGGUUUGGGCACCAGACCCUCAACUACAGACUGUUUUAUGACGGGAAGCACUUUGUCGGGGAGAAGAGGUUUGAGUCGGUCCAUGACCUUGUGACGGAUGCCCUCAUCACUCUCUACAUCGAGACCAAGGCGGCGGAGUACAUCGCCAAAAUGACCACCAACCCCAUCUACGAGCAUCUCGGUUACACCUCGUUGCUCAAGGACAAGAUGGUGCACAGGCUGAGCCGUGGACACACAGAACCACGCAGGGUCACCUUCCAGAGAGAUGAAAAGAUAUCCUCACCUCUGGUGCGACGGAGUGCCUUGAAAGAAACACCGGAGAAGCAGUGCUUCUACGAGAAGAUACACAAUUUCAAGGUACACACCUUUCGAGGGCCGCACUGGUGCGAGUACUGUGCCAACUUCAUGUGGGGCCUCAUCGCCCAGGGUGUCCGCUGCUCAGAUUGUGGGCUGAAUGUACACAAACAGUGCUCCAAACUGGUUCCCAGCGACUGCCAGCCGGACCUGCGCAGGAUAAAGAAAGUGUACAGCUGUGACCUCACCACGCUCGUCAAAGCUCACAACACAACACGGCCCAUGGUGGUGGACAUCUGCAUUCGAGAGAUAGAGCUGAGAGGUAUGCAAUCUGAAGGUCUCUACCGAGUGUCUGGCUUCUCAGAGCACAUAGAGGAAGUGAGGCUUGCCUUUGACCGAGAGGGUGAAAAGGCUGACAUCAGUGCCAGUGCCUAUGCAGACAUCAACAUCAUUGCUGGUGCUCUGAAGCUCUACUUAAGAGACCUUCCCAUUCCAAUCAUUACGUUUGACUUGUACUCCAAAUUUAUUCAAGCUGCAAAGAUUCCAAAUGCUGAAUCCAGACUGGAGGCCAUCCACGAGAGUUUGCUGCAGCUCCCCCCCGCCCACUACGAGACCCUACGUUACCUGAUGGCUCACCUCAAGAGGGUGACACAGUUUGAAAAGGACAAUUUAAUGAAUGCCGACAACCUGGGGAUUGUCUACGGUCCGACGCUCAUGCAGCCACCAGAGCAGAAUGCCUUGACAACCCUGAAUGACAUGAGGCAGCAGAAACUAGUGGUGCAGCUUAUGAUAGAGCAUGAAGAUGUCUUAUUCUAAGGACUGAGGCAUGCAGGCCUUAUAACUGAAACGAAGGACAUUUAUUUAUUCUGUCAGAGAGGAAAUUCAAUCCACCUUGAUUCUGAUGAAGUUUCAGAAUAGUUUGUGACCAAAUUGAACUUGAGAUGCUUAUUUUCUCGCAUGACCGUUUUAGUUGGAAGUUGGUUUAGUGUUGACAUUGUCUUGUUACUGUAAGUUUGGGUUUUCAUACCCAGCCAAGUCCAUCAUUUUUAUAUUGGGAAAGGAUCCAGUAUGUUUACCUACCUGCAGUGCUGUUCUCUCCUCUCUUUCAUUUGAAGACUGUCACUACCUGGUGUAGACGCAGUCGUGAUGACAGCGCCGUGUGAAAUCUCUCAAUCAGCAGCAGCCUAGUUAACGUUCCCACAUUACAUGUGUGCUCAUUGUGAUUUUAGUGGGAACGCUAUAUAAAGUUUAAUGUAGAUAAAAAUCCGAUCAUGUAAUGAUCAAUAUUUUAACUGUGUGUACUAAAAUUAAGAGAUGAGACAAUUGGGCGCUUAUGAAGCACUUUUUUGCAACAAGUGUAAAGAUUUAUUUUGUAAAGAUGUUUAUUUUUGUCUUUUACUCUGCAUCGUGUUCUUUUGUCACAAUAAUAUAUACUGUUGAGAAUGAUGUGUGUCGAAUCGAUGUCUAAAUACAAAACUGUUCACAAGAGAGAGAAAAGGAAUCGGACGAGAAGUAGUUUGUGGAUUUACCAUUUUCCUUUGCAACACACUCAGUGCUGUGGUGAGGAAUACACAGCUGGAUUAAAUACUGCUCAUUUUACUUCACAUGUCAUGUUGCAGGCAUAUUGUAAAACUUUGCACACAUGUCUGCUGCCAGUGUUGUAGUAUUUCUGUUUACGUGCUGUAAUCUGGGAUAUGUUUAGGGGAAAAAUAUGAUCUGGGCCCAUUUCUUUCCUUUUUGUAUGCCAGCAGCAUCACUCGGUGCAGCAGUAGUUGCCUUUCACUUCACAGUGCCAUAGAAGUCAACAGUCAUACUACAGCGGUACCGAGCAUGUUUAUUUCACAGUUGGUUUGAUGUGUUUACGUAAAUCCUUUCUACGAAUCCAUUUUAUCAAAAUGUAUUUUUGUGACGGUUGUAAUUCAAAAUGUAAUUUAUCAAAUGUUGAUUUAUUAAAGGAAAGAAAACUUGAGUGGUGGUCUUUGUGAGAGAAGACAUAAUAGCACCA